GCCUGCACGGGCGGCGGCGGCGCGCCUCCAGGCGAGGGGCGUUCCUCCCGCGCCGAGGAUCGCCACGGCGCGCGCGGCUGGGGGCGACGGACAGGAGGCGCCGGAGGACGACGAGGACGAGGAGAAUUUUAGCCUCGUGGACAUGCUGAUCGCCAGGUCGCGGAGCGUGACGGAGAUGGGCGUCACCGCCGCCGAGUGGCACCGAGAGGUGUACGAGGGCGAGAUCCCCGACGGCUACGCCAAAGCCCUGCAGGGAGGUAUCGAGCUCGUCGAUGUUCUGGUUGGGACCACCGACCUCAAGAUGAUAGCGGAUGCUAACAGUUCCCUGGAUGUGUCGCCGCGGUACUGUAUGCGACUAACACCGCGCCCGACGUUCGGCCUCGGCAUGCUGAUGGGUGCGACGGCGCGCUCCUUCUCGGUGCUGGGCCCUCUCGAGGCCAGCCUGAAGAGGCUGGGGGCCAGCAGCGUGGACACGCUGGUGCUCCACGGCACGGGCGGGCGGCUGAGCUUCCCCGCCUGGGUGUACGACGCGGUCGCGGAUGCGUACCAGCAGGGCCUGUGCACCAAAGUGGGCGUGAGCCACGCGGGCGCCAAGCCGGCGGCGCUGAAGAAGGUCGCCGAGGAGCUCCAGAGGCGCGGGGUGGCUCUGUCCUGCGCCCUCGUGAGGCUGUCGCUGCUCGACAGGGGGUCGCUGCCGCUCAUCCAGGAGCGCCCAGGGAACGGGGGGGGAGGGGGCGUGCGCGGGUUACCACGCGAGGACGAGCUGGCCUCUGGCAGGUUCACCGCCGCCAACCCCACCGGCGGCGAGAUCAGCGUGCCCCGCUUCACGCUCACGCAGCUCCUGCCGCUGAGGCCGCUGCACGAGGCACUCGGGAGCGUGGCCGCCCGGGUGCGCGCCCGGGAACCCGAGAAGGAGGGCAUCGACACCACCGCCGUGGCGCUCCAGUGGUGCGUCAGCAAGGGCGCGAGCCCGCUUGUCGACGUGGGCGAGGAGUCAAACGCAAAGGCGGCAACCGCGACGCUGGCACCCGCCUCACUUAAGGGGUUCGUGGCCGCCUCGGGCACCUUCUUCGGCCUUGGUCGCCUUUUGGCCAUUUUGGCCCCGGCAGUGCAGAUCUUGGGGUCGCAGGUGGAGUUCGUCGCCACGAUCUUGCUGGCGCUGGCGCGUCAGGCGGACUCAUGGGGCGAGGAGCUCGAGCAGGCGAGGGCCGCGUACGCCACAGUGUGGAGGCGUCUGCGCCGCCAGCCAAAUCGCCCCAACGCGUUCUGGAUCCCAGCCCACAAGGGCGUCAAGGGCUACUUGGAAUUGGACUUCCACCCAGUGCUGCACGCGGGCAACACAUGGGCGGACUGGUUCGCCAAGCGCGGGGCGAUGCAGCACACGGUGGCCCAAGUCUACGUGGACGUCUACGGGAUCGAGGUGCAACACUACAAGAAGGUUGUGGCCUACAUCGGGCGCUCUCGGGCGCGGUCUGGUGCGGCGCUGCAGCAGUUCUUCAAAGCAGCAUUCGAGCCGUCGGUGCUGGCGCGCAUCAAGGCAGGAACCGAGAUCCUCUACUUCGAGGCCCAGGCGUGGGUGGUCUCGGAGACGGGGGCUCAGGCGGUCGAGGCGAUGAGCGAGGCCGACGGCGAUGGGGGCGACCCGCCGCUUGUGGACGGCAGCCCGUGGUACGACGCCGUCGAGGAUGUGCUGGCUCACGAUGGCCAUCGGCUGCGGCGUGCUGGGCCCGCAGUCUUUUGCGAGUUUUGCGUGGCAUGGAUGCAGGCGCGGGCUGCGCGUGGUCUGCAGCGUCCCAGCCUGAAAGAGCACGGGUGCGAGGUUAGCAGGAUGCUGGCGGCGGCAUUUGCGCGCGUGGCCUGCGAGGCGGGUGGCAGCGGCGGCGCGCGCGGUGCAGGGGCGGACGGCGGUGGUUGCGGGUCGAUCCGCGCGGGAGAUCGGCCGGGCGUCGUGCGAACCGCUGAUCCUGGAGCGGCUCUCGCCAAGGCCCUCGCGGUCGCGCGGCUUCAGCGGGCCGCGGAAGCCGCCUCAGCCGUCGGCAUUUGCGCGCGCGCGUGCGAGGCUAGCAGGCUGCUGGCAGCGGCAGCCGCGCGCGCGGCAGCGGAGCGGCCUCGCGGCCUCCAGUGGCAGGCGCGCCUCGCGCGGCUGCGGCGGCGGGUUGAGGGGCGCGAGGCCAGUCGCGACACGGCCGCCCGCGCCGUGCGGUGCCCGGCGCCCCUGGGGAAGGGCAGGCCGAAGCCUCGGCCCGCGGCGCGCUUCGCCAUCUGCGGCCGCAGGCCCGCCGCGGCGGUGGCCGAGAGGCAGCCUGGGGGGGCCGCUGCCGCGAGGGCCGCCCAGGAGCAGCUGGCGGGCGACUGGCGGCGGCGCUGCGUGCCGUGCGCCGAGGCCAUGCUGGGCCAGCCGCGGCGGCGUGCGGUCGUGCGCGCGGGGCGCGCCGCGGCGCAGCUGGCCCGCGAGAUGUGCGACAGGGCAUGGGCGCGUGGCGGGGUCAUCCGCGGGGCGUUCAGGCGCCGCCGCCGCGGCCCGUCGUUCUCCCGCGCGUGGGUGGCCGAUUCUAUGUGGAGGUGCGAGACGCGGGCCCUCCGCCAGCGCAAGGCGCUGGCGCGGCCGCCGCAGGCGCGGGGCCCAGCGGCCAGCGACGGGGACCCUGCGGGGGAGGCUGCCGCGGGCUAG